AUUUUGCCGAAAGCUCUCUUUUCCCUCGACGUGUUCACAUAGCUCAAUUUUCACAGGGAGAGGACAACCGAGAGGACCGAUCUUGGCACUAAAGAAUGUGCUUUCUCAUAUUUUUUCCACAACAGCUCACGUCGAGAUAUAUUCUUGUUGAGUCUCAUGCUUCCAAUAAACCUCAUUCUUGCCUACAGUUUGGACUUGAAUUCGUGAAUAUAGAAUUCAUUCCAUUAUUCCUGGCUCUAUUUCAUCAUGAAAAGAAUAAAGAGGAACAGUGAAGGAGGCGGUGGGGACGCCAAACCCGUCAAGCUUCGUCGACGAGUCGAUCUCUUCAGUGGGAUCGCUUUAAUUGUUGGCACAAUGAUAGGUUCUGGCAUUUUCGUCUCUCCCGCGGGUCUCUUAGAGCGAACACAAUCCAUUGAGUAUUCCUUGGCAGUAUGGGUCGCUUGCGGGGUCCUAUCCAUGUUAGGUGCUCUGGCGUACGCAGAGUUAGGCACCAUGAUCACGUCUUCCGGUGCCGAGUACUCUUACUUCAUGGUGGCUUUUGGGCCCUUCCCGGCCUACAUGUUCAGUUGGGUGUCAACCAUCAUCAUCAAACCCUCGCAAUUGGCCAUCAUCUGCUUGAGCUUUGCAGAAUAUGUGGUCGAGGCUUUCGCCUACGAGUGUCCUCCCUCGCCUUUCGUACUCAAACUCAUCGGCAUCACCACUGUUGCUCUGGUGACUCUGAUUAACUGUCUCAGCGUCAGAUUGGCCACGACCAUUCAGAAUGUCUUUUGUUUCUGCAAAUUACUCGCCAUUUUCAUUAUUAUUGCAGGGGGAGCGUAUAAGAUGAUUCAAGGCAAUGUGGACAUUUUUGCGGACUCCAAGGGGGAGCAACCCUCUCUUGGGAAUCUGGCCGUCGCUUUCUAUUCGGGUCUCUGGGCUUACGAUGGGUGGAACAACUUGAACUAUGUCACCGAGGAGAUCGUCAAUCCCAAGAGGAAUUUACCUCUAUCCAUUUUGAUCGCCAUUCCGUUGGUGACUUUAUGCUAUGUCCUAGUCAAUAUCGCCUAUUUGACAGUGAUGUCCCCUUCGGAGAUGAUCAUCAGCGAUGCCGUGGCCGUGACGUUUGGAUCGAGAAUUCUGAAGGGUUUUUCGUGGAUCAUGCCCCUUUCGGUAGCCAUUUCGACCUUUGGCUCGGCCAAUGGAACUAUUUUCGCUGCAGGAAGACUUUGUUACGUGGCAAGUCGUGAAGGUCAUCUCCUGGACAUCCUAUCUUAUGUCCACAGGAAAAAUCUGACCCCUGCACCGGCAUUAAUUUUCCACGCCCUGAUUGCACAAGUUCUUAUAUUUGGCGGGAAUAUCGAGGGAUUGAUCGAUUUCUUCAGCUUCACUGUCUGGAUUUUUUAUGGCAUGUCCAUGUUUGCUCUUCUGCUCCUCAGAAAGACUAAACACGAUAUUGCUCGACCAUACAAGGUACCUCUAUUUGUACCCAUUAUCGUGCUCGUGGCGUCGGUGUAUCUCGUUUUGGCGCCCAUCAUUGAUAACCCCAAGAUCGAGUACAUCUACUCUAUCCUAUUUAUGGUUGCUGGAGCGGUUCUCUAUGUUCCAUUUGUACUCUACAGAAUACGUCUUCCUUUCCUCGGCAAAAUCACGCAGAAGAUUCAGCUCAUAAUGAAGUUGGUCCCACCGACCAGCAUGCCAGACUGCUAAUGAGUCUUGAGCUCAUUUGGAAACGAUUAACCACCUAAGUUGCCAUCGAAAAAUCAAACCCCAAAAUAUCAAAAUAAUUUCCCACUCUACGCCUUUUCUGCAACUCAAGGAGGCAGAAAAGUUUAGUAAUACAGGAUAGAAGGACUUGUAAAAACAAAUACAUAUUUUCUGUCAA